AGCGCCAGCAACUCUCUUGAUCUAGAAUCAACCACCAGUAGAAUGUGAUGCUCCUUCCUACCGAUUCGUUGCACUCGGUAAACAUCUGCUUCUCUACGCCACUUUUGUUGCCUGCUUAACCAAUCGCGCCUGGUUUCUGCUACAAGUCCCAAACUAUACCAAUCUUCAUUCUUUAAUCGUCUACUGAAAUCUUCAUUUGUAGUCUGCAACUCUCGACAAGUGAGGUGUUUGCUAAAAUUCCCAGCUGAGUCUCUUCGAUUGUGUUUGAUCUACUGUAAACAAAGCCAAGCGCAAAAUACUUAUGCGGUGAAUAAAGGCACGGAUAUUGUGAUGAUGGAGUGCUGGAGAGGUGUUCUGAAGGUUCCGGUGGAUCCAACCAGCAGAAGUUACUGCAGCGUUGGUGUGUCUCUCUGCCUUUCACCAAGUUCCAAAUCACUAGCUGUAAGUCCUUUUUGCUUCAAUUGUAAAUUGUAAUAAGGCAAUGCCUGUAUCCUCUGCAAUUACUGCUGGAAAUGCCUAUCACCAUGCAUUUCUCUCAUGGGACACACAGCUUCGUCUUUCUUCUAAAGCAAGAAAUUGCGUUACUUUUUUUCCCAAAUUGCGUGUCUAUCUUCCUUCUAUACUUGAAUCUAUACGUCCUUAAUCAACCCGAACAAUUUGGUUUUGGUUUGUAUUCUAAUUCCAGAAAAACUUUCUUUCAUCUCUUCAACAUCAUGACAUACAUGUGUGAAAGGUAGGUACCUUCUGCAAAUGCUAUCUUCUUUUCUGGAGAUAGAGUUGAAGGGACCAAGAAUCCGAUGAUUGAGAGGCUAUCUAAUCUGCAGAAAAUUGCUGAAAUUCUGGUAUCUAAAUUUGGUGGUCCCGUUAAUGCUUGGGUUAUUGAGGCUUCCAUUUUCAAUGGGCCUUUUGCCGUUUAUAGAGAUUUCAUUCCUUCAGUAAAUCGCUGGGGGGAACCAAAAUCUUACAGCCCAGCUGGAUUCCCUGCUUCUUGCUCAACCAUCUCUCUCUUAUCAAAUUGCCUAAAAGAGGCAAAGAAGACCAUCUCAACACAAGAAAAAAUGCCACUGACGACCAGUGGAUCAUCUUCAUCUUUUUAUGAGCCCAAAACAUACAUCCUUGGAUUUAGUAAGGGCGGCACUGUGCUUAACCAGCUAGUAGCUGAACUGAGCGUUUCAGAAGUAAAACCAGAUUUUAACGGACAACACAGGAGCAGGGAAUCUUCAGAAGAAGACUUCCAAAUCAUACCACGUAGUAAAGAAAGCCUUCUAAACAGCAUCACAGAGAUCCACUAUGUGGAUGUCGGUUUAAACUCUGCUGGGGCAUAUAUCACCGACUACAAUGUGAUUGAAAGAAUGUCCAAACGUUUCAUGCAAGGGGCUCCAGGAAUUCGUUUUGUGCUUCAUGGAACACCAAGGCAAUGGUGUGAUAGCAGGCGAGUAUGGAUACGCGAUGAAAAAGACAAAUUGGUUAAUCUACUUGAAUCUGAAGUUCAAAGGAGCGGGGGGAAAUUAAAAGUUUGUGAGAAAUUAUAUUUUGCUGAUAGAACUCCAGAUCUGCCGAUGCACUUUGAAAUUAUUGAAAGAAUGGAGGUUGGUUGAGUGUUGAUUUGCAAAUAGUUGGCACUCUUAAUGUUGUAAUUAGACAUGCCACUUGAUGAAAAGAUUAUGAGAUCCAAUUUGUUCUGUGCAAUGCUUGAAACUGAAGUGAUUUCUAUUUACUUUUUCAUGUGCUU